UCUCCUCUAGCUUUUCAUCUGUCAAACGUUUCAUUCUUCUUCUCUAGCUUUUCUUUCAAAAACCUCGGUAUGGAUUAUAAUCCUUCAAAUUUUGUUGACCUUCUCAAUAGCCAACAAGACGUUCCGUUUGGGUUAGGGGAAGAUAGUGUCCAUGUUUCUUCAUCACAGGUUCCUCAUCUCGGUGAGACCCCUGCAGAGCGUAAAGAAAGAAGAACAUGGACGCCUACAGACGAUCAAGUGCUCAUAUCCGCUUGGUUAAACACUAGUAAGGAUCCCAUUGUAGGGAAUGAGCAGCGAUCUGGAGCUUUUUGGCAGAGAAUUGCCGCGUACUUCGCAGCAUCACCAAAGAUUGGAGCCAGUGAAAGGAGGGAGUCCAGUCACUGCAAGCAGCAUUGGCACAAGAUCAACGAUCAAGUUGGGAAGUUCUGUGGCGCGUUUGAAGCUGCAAGCAGAGAGAGAACCAGCGGGCAAAACGAUAAUGACGUUUUGAAGCACGCCCAUGAGAUCUUCUUCAACAACCACAACAAGAAAUUCACUCUCGAACAUGCGUGGAAGGAGAUUCGGAACGAUCAAAAAUGGUGUGACCUGUCAAGUUCUAAAAUGGAGAGUGCCUGUAAAAGGAGGAAGCUCGACAACAGCGCACAAUCAGCAGCCUCUCACGCCUCUGAAUCCAUGACUGAUCGUCCCCCGGGUGUUAAGUCAGCUAAGGCCAAUGGUAAGAAGGGAAAGGCAGAGGAAAGGCUGUCUGAGUAUACGGGUAUGUGGAGCAUCAGGCAGGAGGAUAUGGCUAACAAAAAGGAGCUGACGAAAAUGAAGCUCCUUGAUAGGCUAAUUGCAAAAGUUGAGCCGCUUGAUGAGUCUGAAGAAAUCUUGAAAAAGAAACUCAUCAAGGAGUUGUUUAAUUAGGUUCCAUUGUCACGGGAAGUGAAGGAGUGGAGUCUGUCUUGUAGUAGUCACGGUCUUGUUGUCACGGAAGUGAAGGAGUGGAGUCUGUCUUGUAGUAGUCACGGUCUUGUUGUCACGGGAGUGAAGGAGUGGAGUCACGGGAGUCACGGGAGUGAAGGAGUGGAGUCUGUCUUGUAGUAGUCACGGGAGUGUAUAACGUUUGGUUCUUGUAUUGUAGUAGUCACAAGUCUGUAUGCAACUUAAUUUUAUAAGUCACCUUCUCUAUAUAGUUGUCAUCAUUUUCUCUUUGUUCUCUCAUCAUCUCUUCCCUUCUCUAGUUGUCUUCUUUACUUUUCAAGCUCCCGUAAACUAUAUUGAUCCUGUAUAAUUGUGAUCACAAGUCUUUCUCAUAACCACUCUCAUCUUCUCUCCUCUUUAUUUUUAUCACAUUUUUUAAACACAAAAUUUAUACACAAAAUUUUACGUUUCAAGCAAGUCAAUGGCAUCUGGUUCUCAUAACCCUUUUGAGGCAUCAGAUGAUGAUGAUGAAUUUGAUCAAUAUUUCGAUCAAACUUUCGAUCAAUAUUUCGAUCAAACUUUCGAUCAAACUUUCGAAGAUUUUACCAAUGAUUAUGCUAAUGAAGAAGAAGAAAGGAAGAAAAGGAAGAAACGCAUAUAUAUCGAAAGAAAUCGUGAAGAAGGCGAUUUACGGUUAUGGAAAGAUUAUUUCUGUGACACUCCUACAUAUCCUCAAAAUCUAUUCCGACGACGUUUUAGAAUGAACAAGCCAUUGUUCAUGCACAUUGUUGACCGACUCUCCAACGAAGUUCACUUCUUUCGCCAAAAGAAAGAUAGUCUUGGAAGGCUUAGUCUCUCACCACUCCAAAAGUGUUCAGCAGCCAUUCGUCUCUUGGCAUACGGUAGUGCGGCUGAUACGGUUGACGAAUACCUCCGGCUCGGUGAAACUACAGCUCGGUCUUGUUUGGAGCAUUUUGUGGAAGCAAUAAUAAAUUUGUUCGGCGAUGAGUACCUACGAAAACCAACACCGGCUGAUCUUCAACGUCUUCUUGAUAUGGGAGAGUAUCGUGGAUUUCCCGGGAUGGUAGGAAGCAUCGAUUGUAUGCAUUGGGAGUGGAAGAAUUGUCCCACUGCUUGGAAAGGCCAAUAUUCUCGUGGGUCGGGUAAACCAACAAUCGUUUUAGAGGCGGUUGCUUCGUAUGAUCUCUGGAUAUGGCAUGCGUUUUUUGGACCUCCAGGUACUUUAAAUGAUAUCAAUGUUCUUGAUCGCUCACCUGUUUUUGAUGACAUAAUAAAUGGUCAAGCUCCGCAAGUCACUUACUAUGUCAAUGGAAGAGAGUAUAAUUUGGCUUACUAUCUCACUGAUGGUAUUUAUCCGAAAUGGGCAACUUUUAUCCAAUCUAUUCCGAUGCCACAAGGACCGAAAGCGGUUUUAUUUGCUCAACGUCAAGAAGCUGUCCGCAAAGAUGUCGAGCGCGCUUUUGGAGUCUUGCAAGCUCGCUUUGCCAUAGUUAAAAAUCCGGCACUUUUUUGGGAUAAAGUCAAAAUUGGGAAAAUUAUGAGAGCUUGUAUCAUACUCCACAAUAUGAUAGUGGAAGACGAACGAGGGAGCUAUACUCUAUCUGAUGUUUCAGAGUUCCAAGGAGAAGACACCGGAAGUUCACAUGUCGAUCUCACGUAUUCUACAGAUAUGCCUACGAAUAUUGCCAAUAUGAUGGGUGUUCGAACUAAAAUUCGAGAUAGACAAAUGCAUCAGCAACUGAAGGCGGAUUUGGUUGAACAUAUGUGGCGUAAAUUUGGACGUGAUGACGACAACAACUGAGCUUCAAUUUUUUUUUUAAUUCUCGUUUAAUUUAGUUAUCUUUGUUUGUAUGCUUUUUUAAAGUUCUGUGUUAAAAUGUAAUAUUUUAUAAUGUU